GGGGUGUUUGAGCUCGUUUUACAGCAUUCUUUUAAGCCGUUUAGUAUUUUUCACGCGCGCUUGUCUUUAGACAAUGGCUUCUAGAAAGGCAGCCCGAAAGCUGUUUGCGGAGAAGCCUGUUCUGGAAGAGCUUGGUAAUGGUAUUGAAAACGAAUCUUCCAACGACGGCGAGUCAGUGUCGAAGGCAGAUGAGGAUAAGGAAGGGGACCCUGAUUUUGAGCCUCUAUACUCAACGAUGAUGAAUGGUCAAACAGUGAGCCAAGCUCCAAAAAAAUGUCGUAUCGUCCCGUCCCCUAUCAUCACACCACACCCCCCCAGAACCCCUGCAUCCUCUGCACGUUCCUUGAGUCCAAGGUCAACUCCCAGAGGAAGAUCUCGUUCUCCACGGGGGAGAAAAAGGUCUGCAGGUUGCAUGUCAGCGGACAGUGACAUGGGCAUUUGGAAUGACAUCAGCGUGGAGGAUGAGGCUCUAGUGCUACCCAAUUUUGUUCCAAAGAGAACUCCAGGAGCUCAGCUCGUCUUGGACAGAAUGUAUUCCCCUUUGCAACUAUUUCAGCUUUUCUUCCCAAACUCCGUGGUGGACACCAUUGUGAAGAACACAAAUAGUUAUGCAAAAAUGAGGUCUGAAGCUGGAAAGAAAUUCCUGUGGGUCCCUAUGACGGCGAAGGAACUAUAUUUGUAUAUUGCGCUUGUUAUUUACAUGGGGCUCCUCAGCACAAAAACGAUUGUAGAUUACUGGUCAGGCAAAAAAAAUUACAAUUUACCUUUUCCAAAAUCAGUGAUGUCCAGGGCUAGAUUUCAUGCCAUCUCUUGGAACCUGCAUCUUUGCAAUCUUGAGGAGGAUCGAGCGAAUGAGCAGAAAAAGGGGACUCCAGACUAUGACAGACUUUUCAAAAUCAAGCCCCUGUACACUGACAUCAUCACAGCAUGCAAAACGUACUUCCAACCAAACAGACAGCUGGCAGUGGAUGAAAGGAUGGUGGCGUCUAAAGUAAGAAUCAGCUUCAAACAGUACAUGAAGGACAAGCCAACCAAGUGGGGUUAUAAACUCUUUGUUCUUGCUGAUUCUGCGUGUGGCUACACAUGGAACUUCUUUGUUUAUGAAGAAAAUGGUUUCAAUGUGUUCAACGAUUCACAAGGCAUAUGA